AUGAUGCAAGCCGACACGCGCGACCAAGCGAUUGCGCUGCGAGCUCAGCCAAGCUCAACUUCACAAGAUGAAACAGAGGCCGACCAUGCUCGACACAAUGAUAGCUCGGUUGGCGUCGAGCAUGGCUCGUACAGAGGAGUCGGUUCAAAUAAGAAGAAGGCAUACGUUCUCAUUGGGUCUGCCUUGUUACAGUUUCCUAUCUGGGAACUCACGUUCUUCGCAUAUUCUGACCUCAACAUGCCUCANGGCUUUGCAAUGAGCUACGGCGUCUUCCGAGAAUACUACAUCAAGUACUGGACCUUACAAGGAAGCCGUGAUUUGACUGGAAUUAUCGGUAUGACUUCCAAUGGAGUCAUGUAUCUCUCGAUGCCUUUCCUGUUUGCCCUUUUCACCAAGCGCUGGGCACGCUUUCGCCAGACUGCAGCUCUGCUCGGUACUAUCAUUGCUUGCUUGAGCUUCUUGUUAUCAAGUUUUAGCAGCAAUGUCUGGCAUCUGGUGGUAACACAAGGCGUACUUGCAGCCUUUGGGUCUGCUCUGGUAUUCAGCCCCAUGACUCUGUCGUUAGGCGAGUGGUACAAGACGAGUCAUCGGGCGUUGGCCUAUGGCAUCACACUAUCCUGCAAGAAUAUUGUCGGCUCAGUGUGUCCAUUCCUGUUCUCAGCGCUUUUGAAUCAGCAUGGCUUCCGCUUCACAUUGAGGAUCUGGGCAGUCUUGGUCGCUGGCGCGAGUGUCUUCACAAUUCUUCUAAUCCCAACUCACCCUUCGGCUUUGGCUGUAGCGACGAGUAAUGUUAAUCAGAGCGCAGAAGAUGAGCAAGAUGCAAGCAGAACAGCAGACACUCCUCGAAUACGCAAGAUACCCUGGAACUUCUUGCAUCACCGGACGAUCUACAUCCACUGCGUGGCCAUCGUCCUGCAGUCCGCUGGUUACGGAAUACCACAGACAUAUCUCAACACGUACGCCAGCGAAGUUGCUAAACUCUCACAAACUUCGGCCACUCUUUUGCUCACGCUGUUCAACAUUCCUGGUAUUGCAUCCUCUUCAUUCUUUGGUUACUUGAGCGAAAACAAGCAUUUUACACUCUCUGCCACAACUGUCACGUGUAUCUCAGGACUAAGCUCGUCAUUGAGUGUCUUUCUCUUUUGGGGUUUGACAACACAAGGCAACCUGGCAACGCUGGUCCUCUUUUCCAUCACUUUCGGCUUCUUUGCUGGAGGAUAUAGUGCCACGUGGGGAGGCCUGAUCAACGACCUUGAGGGCGAAGCGAGACAGUCGAACGAGGCUAUCGAUUCAGGUAUGGUCUAUGGUCUGCUGAACGGUGCAAGAGGCAUUGGAUAUGUCGCCGGUGGUUUGGUCGGUGUACCACUGCUCAAAGCUGGCACUAGUAAAGAGGCUAGCAGCGGAUACGGAGUGCAAUCAAGUUAUGGGCCACUGAUUAUAUUCACGGGGCUAGCAUCGGUAUUCGGUGGGUGGGGCGUUCUGUGGCAGUUGAAGAAACUCAGAAUGUGA